GAGCUGCAGAGUAGACGCAGCCUUCGGUGCAGUCGUCACUCGCAUCUGGAUACCAGAGCCCCGCUGCCCAGCGGGGCGGGCUGGGACCAGCCCGGGGAAAGCCGAACAGAUAUCACACUUGUCUUACUAUCUUCAUGAAGGAAACGAUGGAGAAAUCCUUGAAUCUUACAGAUCUUUCCCUGGGCCUACAGUAGGGCUGUUUACUACUGGAAGCAAGGGCUAGGAAGGCCUGGAACCAUGGAGGUUGGUGUGAAAGUGUUCAUUGCCCAAGGAUAAGGGAGCUCGUGCAUAGGACGUUGCUGAGACUUGAUAAAAUCUAAUAAAAGAACUGCUUGCAGAUCUGCUAUAAGGUUUGAGAUCAGUGGAAACAAAGAAAAAAGGAAUUUGCUCUUGAUCAGUAUAGACUGGUUCACAGGUCUUGUGAAUAAAUAAAUCGACUUUAGGGUUUAUUACCAAUGAAGAAAAGGAAAGAGGAGGGAACUGCCUUGGAUCGUUACAGGUGUUGACCCAAGAUCAUCCCUUAAUAAAAGUCCUUCAUGAAGAACUUUAUCUGAGUCUGCUCUACAGGAAGCCAACCUAUAAUGGUUGGUAUAAGAAGUGGGACAGGACUUCACCUGAUGCCAUGCUGGCAAUGAAGAUCCCAUCAUUGGUGGUAGGGCUCUCUGCACGACAUCCUGCAAAGGAAGAAGAAAAAAAAAAGAAUCGGUUCUGUAUUCCUGUAGCUUGAUGUAAAGGACGAAGUACACUUCAAGACAAGAAAGAGAAGGAAGAAACUGCUUGAUCAUUGAAGGUGCCCCUGCACCCAGGACCUCUGAAGGGGUCUUGCUGUAUCUGCAGCAGUAGCAGCAGCAAAACCUGACAAUUGUAGCUGAAGACUGCAUUCAUCCCACUCAGGGCAAGCCAUUCUGCGUGGGGUUCAGUAAUUUGCCCCAGCAUGGGCCGUACAAGGGAAGCUGGCUGCGUGGCUGCUGGUAUGGUGAUAGGGGCUGGUGCCUGCUACUGUGUAUACAGACUGACCUGGGGAAGAGAUGAGAGUGAGAAAAUCUGGGGUGAUGAUGAAGACGAAGAAAGUGAAGAAGAGUUUAGUGAUAAUUCAGAGACUGGAACUGAGACUGGGAGAGCACUUAAUGCAGGGGUGGGAGCUGGAGCUAGACUUCAGAGUGACUCAAAAGCCAAGGUUGAGGUGGGUGUUCAUCUUCAAAAUAGUUCAAAUGCAAAGGUGGAAGCCAACUUGAAAGCCCAGAGUGGAGGCCUAGAGGCCAAGGCCAAGGCCCUUUUCAGCACUCUAAAAGAACAGGCAAGUGCAAAAGUUGGUAGAGGGACCAGGCUGGGUACAGCUGGAACCAGAACACUUGCAUCAAGUUUACCCUUCCCAGGAGGCAGAGGUGGAAGCUGCCACCCUACCAAGAAUACGACUAGGCCUGGGAAUAAAUCAAGUGGAAAAACUAAGGGAAAGGCCAAAAGUAAGAGCACAAAGACCUUAGCUACAUCAUGGCCAGUCCGCAGGGGCAAAUUCAACUUUCCCUAUAAAAUCGAUGAUAUACUGGGUGCUUCUGACCUUCAAAGGGUUCUUAACAUCCUAGAAAGAACAAAUGAUCCAUUUAUUCAAGAAGUGUCUUUGGUCACUUUGGGCAACAAUGCAGCAUAUUCAUUUAACCAAAAUGCCAUUCGUGAUUUGGGAGGUCUACCAAUUAUUGCAAAAAUGAUCAAAACAAGAGACCCAAUAAUUAGGGAAAAGGCAUACAAUGCCCUGAAUAACUUGAGUGUGAAUGCUGAAAAUCAGAGCAAGAUUAAGGUGUAUAUCAGUCAAGUGUGUGAUGAUACCAUGAUCUGUCGUGUGGACUCAGCUGUGCAGAUGGCUGGACUAAGACUGUUAACCAACAUGACUGUGACCAAUCAUUACCAACAUUUGCUUUCCUAUUCUUUUCCAGAUUUUUUUGCUUUGUUAUUUCUGGGAAAUUACUUCACCAAGAUUCAGACUAUGAAACUAAUUAUAAACUUUACUGAAAAUCCAGCCAUGACAAGAGAGCUAGUUGCUUGCAAAGUACCAUCAGAUUUGAUUUCCCUCUUUAAUAAAGAAUGGGACAGGGAGAUUCUUCUUAAUAUUCUCACCCUAUUUGAGAAUAUAAAUGAUAACAUAAAAAGUGAAGGACUCUCUUCAUCCAGAAAAGAGUUCGGCAGAAGUUCCCUUUUUUUCUUAUUUAAAGAAUCAGGAGUAUGUGUUAAGAAAAUCAAAGCACUAGCCAAUCACACUGAUUUGGUGGUGAAAGUAAAAGUCCUCAAAGUACUGACCAAACUCUAAAUCGGAAUCUGUCCCAAACAAUAUUAUGGUCAUUUUUUAGUUUGAACUUGACAACCAUGUAUUUGAUGUGUUUAUUUGUUUUUGUUGUUGUUACGGUGUUUAUAUGGCAGAGAUACCUUUAGCUGCUAUUUUAUAAAAAUUGAUAUCAGGCCAUCAAUAAUGAUGCUAGUUGUUACGCUUAUUCUAAGGUAGAUUGAAGGAUGCCAAAAGAAUAUUAGUUGACACAAUGAAAGCAUUUACUAAUAGCACUAUGUUAACCUAGAUGGAGAUGCACCUACUUUUU